AUGUCCUACUCGGACGAGUACACUCUCUCCGCGAGCAGCAGCCUGCUCUCGAGCUCGUACGGCAGCAGCGGGAGCAGCAGCAGCGGCAGCCUGUCGCUGUGCCGCUCGGCCUCUCGCCUGGCCACCCCCGGCCGCUCGAUCCCCCCAGCGCAAACCACCACCUCGAUUGUGACGGUCAACAAACUCCUGUGCCUGUGCGACAUGAUCGACACGCGGCUCUGGCGGCUCGAGACGGAGGAAACGCCACCGCACAAGCCGUGCAACUGCCCCCAGUGCCCGUGGAACUGGAAGCUCGUCGCUGGCGUCGUGCCGGGCCGCGAGCGCAUGGCAGUCCGCGGCGUGCCGCCCCACGCGCCAUGCCACUGCCCGCACUGCAUGUUCUCGCGCAGCGCACGCGCGCACCCCGAGCGCUUUGUGCCCCCCUCGCAGAAGGAAGAAGUCGCCGCGCGCACCGCGAGCCGGCGUGGCUCGUCCGACUCGACGACGUCGACCCGCUCGUUCCGCUCCUCGCCCCGAUACUCGCCCCCCUCGCCGUUCGACAAGUCGCUCGCACUGCCCCCGACAUCGCCGACACGCAUGAGCAUGAAGGUGAGCCUGGCCGACAUUGCCGACACGUACGACACGCUGCUCGACAGGAUAGAGUACAUUGAGGGCGCGUACACUGCGCCGCCGUCGCACGACGCCUGCGACUGCCCCCACUGCCAGAGCGGGCGCGCGGGCGGCCCACCCGCCGGCGCGUUCGCGUCCUGGCGCCCGCACAACCCGCGCGGGCAGGGCUCGCGGUGCAGCCAGGGAGGGAGAGCAUACUACGACUACCGGCUGCGCCAGCUGCUCGCGCGGUACUGCGAGUACAGCACCGUCGUCAGCGGCAGCCUCGGCGACCCCGACGAGGACGAGGAGGUCGGCCUCGAGCUCAGCCUCGGCGUCAUUGACGAUCUGGACGAGGACGAGGACGACGACGCCGACGACGAGGGCGAGGGCGACAUGGCGGCAGCGGCGCGAAAGUGGCACAGGGUCGGGCACGCGACGACCGUGUCCCGCCUCUUUGUGUCCCCGCUCAACAGCCCGACGUGUACGCCCCCUACCCCACGGAUGUAUCUGGCACCGUUGGCGCCGUAG